AUGCUUCUUGAUCUUAUUACUACAUCGAAUUUACCCUUUCUAUUCGUCGAGCAUCAAAAAUUCCGUGAUCUCUUUUCCUUCGCACGGCUAGCACCCGAGCCACCUAGCUUUCUAUCGAGAAAGGUGAUUCGCGAGCGCCUCCGGGGUUUCGAGUAUCGCGAGGUCCUCCUUAGUUUCGAGCUACUUUCUAGAACUUAUUCUAGCUUAAACCUAGGUAAAAAGCGAGAUAUCGCCGAUACCCUAAAUAAGGCAAAAGCUUAUCCUAAUCCAAGACGUCUAUACGCGAUAGAAUUUAACGUUUCUUAUGCUUCGCCGGGCGAGAAGGCUUCGUACUAUAUUCGACGAGUACUAUUCUAUCUCGUUCUUUAA